GAAAAAAGUCAACCCAGUCUACGAUCGUUACCAGGGCCCUACUGAAAAAAUCACAACCUCCAAGGAUGGCUCUCAACAGAAAAGCAAAUCACCAUCCAAGGGGAAAUGUCGCAAAUAUCCAGGUAGAUGUCUUCGCCAUCCGUGCACCAUCGUGUUUAUCUUCGCGCUGGUUGCAGUCGUCAUCGUUGCAGUUAUGCUCAUCAUGUUGGGUACCAUUGAGACCCCAGGAUCACUACCUGAGGGUCCCGAUCGCCAAGUCCAGACCACAUUGCCAGUCACCAUUAUGCCCUCAACGACUCUAAAUCCUGACGCAAUAAACUCAGAAAGGCUGUUGAACAUGAUUGAAGAACAACAACGCACCAUCACGAUGUUACAGGAAAAAAUCACAAUGCUUGAGGGUGUCCUUGGAGGGGGUGAUGAAGCCAACGCAACACUAAGCGCCAGAGUGGCUUUGAUUUCUUUCAAGAUCGAGGGCAUUGAUGCAUCCAUUAAGUCAGCAAGUAAAAAUAUCACAGAAGUGAACCAGAGAGUUAGUAUGUUCCAGGAAUCGUUGUCUGGCACCCUCGUGAGAUUGGAAAGCACUGUGACAAGGACAUCAACGUUGGAAAACAAUACACGACAACUUGAGCGCAGUGUGAGCCAACUCAAUGCCAAAGCACAGACACAAAGCAGUGACAUACAAGAGAAUAAAAUGAAGAAUGACGACCAAGACAACACGAUAUCCAAUGUUCGGCAGGAACUGUGGAACCUGUCGGAUAAGUUUGACCUCAACUUGGCCGAAGCCAACCGCACCAUCUUCGACAGGCUAGACACGAUCAGUAAGAUGCAAGGACCGAGGGGCUACAAUGGUUCCGUUGGCCCAGCUGGUCUUGACGGAGCUCAGGGUCCAGCCGGUGCAGGGGAUCUGACUCAGUGUGACCACCAGACUCGCACCUCCUCAACUUCAUACGGUGUGACUACCAACGGAGGUUGGGAGACGCAACCAAGUGAUAAGAUUUUUACUGGGGUGACCUGCACGACAAUUGGUGGAACCCAUGCUGUUUUAUAUAGUGAAGAUUUGCCAAGUGGAGCUACUCGAUAUAGAUGUCGGUGCGGUGGCCAGUCCACAGACAUCACGGAUUCUAGAAGGCAAUGUAACAUGCACUUCUGGCAAUGCCCAGCAACCAGCUAGAGUUGUAAGGUCUUAAACAAUAACUUGGUUAUGUGUAAAUAUAUGUUUGCUGGAAAUAUUUGUAUAUUAAUGAUCACUGUAGAUUAAUUCAUGAAGGUACAUAUAUAAGACGUUGAAAUGAAACUCUGUAUCUUUGUACCCCCCCCCCCACAUACGGCUAGGUACAAAACCUAAUUUUUUAACUUUUCAAGUUACAUUAAAUGCACACUUGAAGUCACAAAAAGUAUUUAAAGUAUUUAAAACCCUGAGUAAUGCUUUUUCCCUUGAGAAUAUUUUGGAAAUCGUAAAGGCAUUAACGCAAUGAAUUGUGAGAAUAUUGUGAGAAUAUAUCCUUUAUAAAAAAAAGGACUGUGAACAAAAUUAUUUUCUUUUUGUUAUUAACGAAAAGUUUUUCCAAAUGCACAGGUUGUUCUAACAGUUGGUUUAGGUUUUUCUUUUGAGAAUUGUAGGGCAUGUAACAUUUUAUCUCAUGGUACUUAAUUAUGAGUUAUUAAAUAAUAUUAAUAACAAUGGUGCACAUAGAAAAAGAUCACUGCUCAUGGCGGUACUUAAAGCCUAAACUUAACGAGCGUGUUUUCAAGCUUUGAAGUUGGAGUGAGUGCGUACAUGUACUAGUCUGAGGUUCAGUGGAAGAGCUUUCCAAAGAGAUGGUCCACUAUAUGAAAAAGAACGGUCUCCCCAAGUGUGUUUAGAAUGAGGGAUGUUUUAGGAGCGAGGGAUGUUUGU